CGAUAACGGAAGCGCCCGGGAGCCUCAGCAGUGACGUGCCCUGAGCGGCCGGGCUCGGCCUGCUUGACACCCCCACCCGCCCCCCUGCCACUCCUCCUCACCCUCCGGGCAACAUGUGGGGAGCAAGCCCGGGGUGGGCGGCCGAUGCGGAAAUGCUUCAAAGAGCAUCAGAAGAAUUUUUUCCGAAGAUGGAAAGCGCAGUUGAAGAGAUGGAUACAUCAGACACCCAGUGGGGCUGGUUUUAUUUGGCUGAGUGUGGUAAAUGGCAUAUGUUUCAGACUGAUUCAAACACUCAUUGCUCAGUUAGCAGUGAAGAUAUUGAAAAGAGCUUCAGAACAAACCCACAAGGAUCUGUUUCUUUUACUACUGCAAAAUUUAACUACACGUUAGACUUUUCAGUGAUGAAACAAACCAAUCUAACUACCCUUAAGCAACGUCCAAUAAAGCGAGCUCCUUUUUCUAUCAGUGCUUUCAGUUUCAUCUGUGAAAAUGAGGCUAUCCCUAUGCCUUCACACUGGGAGAAUGUAAAUACUGAGGAACCAUAUCAGCUUAUUCCUUUGCAAAAGAAAACAAAUGAAUAUAGUGAAGUUUCUAGUCUCUUUGGAAAAACAAUGGAUAGCAACCGAAUUAAAAGAAUUAAGAGAAUACAAAAUCUAGACUUGUGGGAGUUUUUUUGCAGGAAAAAGGCACAACUGAAGAAGAAAAGAGGUGUCCCCACUAUUAAUGAGCAGAUGUUAUUUCAUGGCACCAGUAAUGAAUUUGUAGAGGCAAUAUGUAUUCAUAACUUUGACUGGAGAAUAAAUGGCAUGCAUGCUGCUGUAUAUGGAAAAGGGACAUAUUUCGCAAGAGAUGCAUCAUAUUCCAGUCGUUUCUGCAAAGAAGAUAUAAAGCAUGGAGAUACUUUUCAAAUUCAUGGUGUGAAUCUUCAACCUCAUCUGCAUAGACCAGAUAAAGUCAUGUUUCUUGCUCGUGUAUUAACUGGUGACUAUAUCAAUGGUGAUUCAAAAUACAUGCGACCUCCUUCAAAAGAUGGAAGUUUUGUGAACUUGUAUGACAGUUGUGUGGAUAAUACCUGGAACCCAAAGAUCUUUGUUAUCUUUGAUGCCAACCAAAUCUAUCCUGAGUAUUUAAUAGAGUUUUGUUAAUUUUGAAAGGAGCUGAACUAAAUAUUUGUUUGUGUCGUUUUUUGACAUUUUUUUUUCUUUUGCAAAGACAACAAUAUAAAAAACAUGAAGAUUGAAAGGACAGAGGUGAAGGGGAGGGGAAGCACAUGUUGAGGGUGGAACUGUUAAGUAUCUAAAAGACAAUGUCCAACUCCUUUUAAAAUCUGUAAAUAAACUUUACUGAUACCUUUUUCAAA